AUGGAGCCUCCGGGGGCCACGGAGCCUCCCGGGGCUCCCAAGCCUCCAGGGACCGCGGGCCUUCCCAGCGCUGCCGAGUGGCCCCCUACUGCCGCCCUCGGCAGCCCCGGCAGGCUGGAGGCCCCCAGCCGGCGCGGCUGCCUGCGGAGACUUCGCGGCGCGCUGCCCACAGAUUGGCGUCUGGAGGUGACCGAGCUGCUGAGAAUAGCGGGUCCCGUGUUCCUUACAGAGUUGAUGAUCUUUCUUAUUGGCGUCGUCAGUUCCAUAUUCUGUGGACAUCUGGGGAAGGUAGAGCUGGAUGCGGUUAUGCUGGCAGUGUCGUUUGUGAAUGUCACUGGGAUUUCCGUUGGACUUGGCAUGGCCUCGGCUUGUGAUACUCUAAUGUCUCAGUCCUUUGGAGGCAAAAACCUCAAACGUGUGGGGAUCACACUUCAAAGAGGAAUCCUCAUCUUGACGCUGUGCUGCUUUCCUUGCUGGGCCAUCUUCAUCAACACCGAGCACAUCCUCCUGCUCAUAAAACAAGACCCCGAAGUCUCCAGACUAGCCCAAACUUACGUGAUGAUUUUUAUUCCUGGUCUUCCCGCAGCUUUUCUGUUCCGGCUCCUGAUGAAAUAUUUACAAAAUCAGGGUAUCAUCCUGCCUCAAGUUCUCACUGUGUUCAUAGUAAAUGUCAUCAAUGUGGGCAUGAACUACCUGCUGCUGCGUGUCCUGGACCUCCGAGUGUCAGGAUCUGCUUGGGCAAACACUGUUUCCCAGUACUUGCUGUGUGUGCUGCUUUUGCUGUAUAUUUGGAGGAGAAAACUCUACAUGGACACCUGGGGAGGUUGGAGUAGGGACUGUUUCCAGGAGUGGGGCUUCUUCAUCCGCCUGGCGAUUCCCAGUAUAUUCAUGGUGUGCAUUGAGUCUUGGGCCUUUGAAAUGGGAAUCAUACUUGAAGGACUGAUUAAUGUGACAGAGCUUGGAGCUCAAGGUAUCAUUAACACACUAUCCUUUGCUGCCUUCACGGUGCCCAUCGGCCUUGGUGUGGCAGCCAAUGUCCGCGUGGGCCAUGCUCUGGGUGCAGGGAAUGCUGUGCAGGCGCGGCAGUCCUGCUUCACCGUUUACCUGUGUGCUUGUGUGUGCGGACUUAUAACUGGUGUUUUACUUAUAGCAUUGAAGGAUGUGAUUGGUUUUGUAUUUACCAGUGACAAAGAUAUUAUUUCCCUCGUGCGCCAAGUGAUACCAAUUGUUGCUCCAUUUUGUCUGAUUGAUGCACUUGCAGGUACUAGUAGUGGGGUCCUGAGAGGAACUGGAGAUCAAAAGAUGGGUGCCAUCUUGAACGCCAUUGGUUAUUAUGCAUUUGGUUUUCCCAUUGGACUAUCUCUGAUGUUUGCAGCUAACCUUGGGGUAAUAGGUUUUUGGUCUGGAAUGGUUAUCUGUGUCUUGUUUCAAUGUGUUUCCUACUCGGUGUUCAUCUAUAAGAUAAACUGGAAUAGAGUUGCAGACAAGGCACAGGUUAGAGCUGGAUUAAAGGGCGCUAAAGAGACCAUACUUAUCCCAACAGCCCUCCCUACUCUGGAAAUAGAAAUAAUAAAUGGAGUGAUUUUACCUGAUAGCAUCAGAGCAGAGGACCAGACUAUUCAACUGAUGGAGACAGAAGAAAACAGCCAGCAUGGAUUGUCCACCAUUGGAGAGGUUUUGACAGUGAGACAGCUGAUUUUCUAUCGAGGAAUAGCGCUAGCUGUUGCUGUUGCUGUUCUUUUAGCAGGAAUUUUAAUAAGAGUUUUCAUAUGACU